AUGGUGGAAAGAGGGCCCGAUCAGUGGCUAGAGAAAAUAAAAAAAUGCCAAUCGCUCACAGAAAGUGAAAUGAAGCAACUUUGCGAGAUGGUGAAGGAGCUUUUGAUGGAAGAAUCAAACAUUCAGCCCGUGCAGACGCCCGUCACGGUGUGUGGGGACAUUCACGGCCAGUUUCAUGACCUCUUGGAGCUGUUUCGAACCGCAGGCGGAUUUCCAGACGAGAUCAACUACAUUUUUCUCGGCGACUACGUGGACCGUGGCUACUACAGUCUUGAAACCUUCACGCUGCUGAUGUGUCUGAAAGUUAAAUACCCGGCUCGUCUGACGUUGGUGCGAGGAAAUCAUGAGUCUCGUCAAAUCACACAGGUUUACGGGUUCUACGAGGAAUGUUUAAACAAAUACGGGUCUACCACGGUGUGGAAAUACUGCUGCCAGGUGUUUGACUUUCUAACGCUGGCGGCAAUCAUCGACGGCAAAAUAUUGUGUGUGCAUGGGGGUCUGUCACCGGAAAUACGCAUGCUGGACCAAAUUCGGGUGCUGUCAAGAGCACAGGAGGUUCCGCACGAGGGUGGCUUUUCGGAUCUGUUAUGGAGUGAUCCAGAUAACGUGGAGGCAUGGCAGGUUUCGCCGCGUGGAGCCGGCUGGCUCUUUGGGAGCAAAGUGGCACGCGAAUUCAAUCAUGUUAACGGGCUUAAUCUCAUAGCAAGAGCGCAUCAGUUAGUAAUGGAAGGAUUCAAGUACCAUUUUCCGGAAAAGGAUGUGGUCACGGUGUGGUCUGCGCCCAACUAUUGUUAUCGGUGUGGGAAUGUGGCGAGCGUAAUGAAGGUGGACGAGGAUCUCGAGCCCUCUUUCAAGAUAUUCUCUGCCGUUCCUGACGAUUACAUCCAGGAAAACAAUCACAGCAAUCAGCGCGGUGGCUAUUUCUUGUAG